AUGAUUAUGAAGGUUAAACCUCCAAUAGGAACCUCAAAUGUGAAUGAGGAAUUAAGAGCCACAGAUCCACAAUGCACUGAUACAAGUAUCAAUAACAGGAUAGACUGCUAUCCAGAUCCAGGCGCUUCUGAGGUGCGAUGCAAACAGCGAGGCUGCUGCUGGGUGCCGUCCAAUGAAAACGCUGAACCGUGGUGUUUCUAUUCACCGAGCCACGGCUAUGAGGCUGUUACUGGCAGGACUGCCACCUCCAAAGGAUUUGAUGUUCCUCUGAAACGGCUGCCGACACCUAAAGUGUUUGGGACAGAAAUAGAGGAGCUGCAGCUGACCGCUGAGAUACAGUCUAAGAAUCGCUUCAGAUUUAAGAUCACAGACCCUAGGAAUAAAAGGUUUGAGGUUCCUCAUGAACAUGUGAAAAGUUUUACUGGAACAGCAGAACCGAACCCAAAUUAUAAUGUGGAGUUGGUAGAGAAGCCCUUCGGUAUUAAGGUUGUGAGGAAGACCCCGGACGUCAGAGUCCUGUUUGACACCACCAUUGGACCCCUUCUGUAUGCUGACCAGUUCCUACAGCUGACCAUAAAACUACCCAGUAGCAAUAUAUAUGGUUUAGGGGAACACGUCCACCGGCAAUAUAAGCACGACACAUUCUGGAAGAAGUGGUCUAUAUUCAACAGGGACGCCUUCCCCAAUGGAGACGGAUAUAACUUAUAUGGUGCACAGACGUUUUUCGUGUGUCUGGAAGAUGAGAAGGGAUCGUCCUUUGGUGUAUUUUUAAUGAAUAGCAAUGCAAUGGAAGUGAUCGUCCAGCCGGCCCCAGCCGUUACUUAUCGCACAAUUGGAGGAAUUCUGGACUUUUAUGUCUUUGUUGGUAAUACUCCAGAAGAAGUGGUGAUGGAAUACCUAGAGUUUAUUGGGAAACCAUACAUGCCGGCGUACUGGACGCUUGGUUUUCAUAUCAGCCGCUGGGGAUAUAAAUCUCUCAAUGAGGUGAAAGAGGUGAUUGAGAGAAACCGAGCCAUUGAUAUACCCUAUGAUGUACAAUUUACCGACAUUGACUACAUGGAAAAUAAAAAAGAUUUCACCUAUGACAAAGAGAAAUUUAGCGAUCUUCCUCAGCUUGCUGAUGAUCUACAUAAGAAUGGUCAAAAAUAUAUCAUCAUUUUGGAUCCAGCUAUUGCCAACACACCACUAAUAAACGGCCCUUAUGGGGCAUACGAAAGAGGGCAAAAGCUAGGUGUUUGGGUAAAUGAGACAGAUGGGAUUACCCCCAUUGUUGGAGAGGUCUGGCCUGGAGUUACAGUAUAUCCUGAUUAUACUAAUGAAGCCUGUACAAAGUGGUGGGUUGACGAAUGUCUGGAGUUUUACAAGCAAGUGAAGUAUGAUGGUAUAUGGAUUGACAUGAAUGAAGUUUCCAACUUUGUACAAGGUUCAAAAAAAGGCUGCGCUGCUAACAAUUUAAACUAUCCCCCAUACACACCUGCUAUUUUGGAUGGACUAAUGUAUUCCAAGACCCUCUGUAUGGAUGCAAAACAAGCCUGGGGAAACCAUUACGACGUCCAUAAUUUGUAUGGAUAUUCAAUGUGUCUUGCUACAGAUGAAGCCAUCAAAGCUGUUUUCCCUGGAAAAAGAAGUAUAAUUUUCUCCCGAUCUACGUUUGCUGGAGCAGGGAAAUACUCAGGACAUUGGCUUGGAGAUAAUGCGGCCAAUUGGAAUGAUAUUAAAUGGGCGAUACCAGGAAUGCUUGAGUUCAAUCUUUUUGGAAUACCUUAUAUUGGUGCAGACAUCUGUGGCUUUUUUGAGGACUGCUCAGAAGAGCUGUGCCGGAGAUGGAUGCAAGUUGGGGCCUUUUAUCCAUUUUCCAGAAACCACAACGCUGAGAACUACAAGCCGCAAGAUCCCGCUUCCUACGGUGCAGAUUCACUUCUCGUGCGUUCAUCAAGGCAUUACUUAAACAUUCGCUAUACCCUGCUGCCCUAUCUCUAUACUCUGUUCUACAAAGCGCACACCAGGGGGGAGACUGUGGUCCGGCCGCUACUCCAUGAAUUCUAUUCUGACAGCCAAACAUGGGCAAUAGAUCAGCAAUUUUUAUGGGGAUCAGGUCUUCUAAUUACACCUGUUCUUAAUCCGAAUACGGAACAUGUGAAUGCAUACCUACCUGAUGCCGUGUGGUAUGAGUACGAAACAGGGGAAAAGUCCAACGUAAGGAAGCAGCGUGUUUCCAUGUACCUGCCAGCAGACAAGCUUGGGCUUCAUCUCAGGGGAGGCUACAUAUUCCCCACUCAGAAACCAGCCCGCACCACGGAAUACAGUCGUAAAAAUCCCCUCGGACUUAUAAUUGCGCUGGAUGAUGCAAAGUCUGCCAAAGGAGAGUUCUACUGGGAUGACCUAGAAUCUAGAGGCACCAUAGAAUCAGGCAACUAUAUAUUAUACAGCUUCUCUGUUUCCAAUAAUAUUCUAAAAAUGGAAACGACCAGAGCGGGAUAUACUGACCCCAACAAUCUAAAGUUCGAAGAAAUAAAAAUCCUUGGCCUUCCCAGGGGUAGCCGACGUGUCGCUGUGAGGAAAGAUGGCGCUGAGCAAUCCUCAAAUCAUUCCUUUACACACGAUCAAUACAAGGUUCUACACAUCACAGGUCUCCAGCUGACACUGGGAGAGUCCUACACUGUGGAAUGGGAUCAGCUUGGCCCUGGUGACCUGGAGGAUUCAGAGAAGAUAGAUUGCCACCCAGAACCUAACGCCAGUGAGCAGAAAUGUAUCAGCCGCGGCUGCAUCUGGAAGGCUUCCAACACUCCAGGCAUACCAUAUUGCUUCUACCCGUUAGACUACGGUUACGUUGUUGAGAGGGAAGUGGUCACUGAUACAGGGAUCACCGUGGAUAUAUCACUGGGUUCCAAAAUGGUACCACGUUACAGUAAAGCCUCCACCGUCAACAAGCUGCAGGUGGCAGUGACAUUCCACGAGAACCACAUGCUCCAAUUCAAGAUCUUUGAUCCUAACAACAAACGAUAUGAAGUUCCUGUGCCACUGAACAAACCCAGCACUCCCACAAGCACAGAGCAAGAGCGGCUGUAUGAAGUUGUUGUUGUUAAAGAUGGAACUUUCGGACUGCAAAUCAUCCGGAAGAGCAAUCGCGCUGUUGUCUGGGAUUCCCAUUUACCCGGGAUGACCUUCGAAGAUAUGUUUCUUCAGAUUUCCACCCGCCUUCCCUCAGAUUAUAUCUUUGGACUUGGGGAAACUGAACACAGAACAUUCCGUCAUGAAAUGGGACGAAAAACCAUAGGCCUAUUCCCUAAGGAUCAGCCUCCACGAGAGCAUCUCAAUGCAUAUGGCACUCACCCAUUCUAUAUGGGGCUGGAUAAUGACGGCAAUGCACACGGAGUACUUCUGUUGAACAGUAAUGCUAUGGAUAUGAGUUUACAGGAAACGCCAGCGUUAACGUACCGCACGACCGGCGGGAUUCUGGACUUUUAUGUAGUGAUGGGUCCCAAACCAGAAGUUGUUGUGCAACAAUACACAAAACUCAUUGGCCGCCCUGUUAUGCCAGCCUAUUGGGCGCUGGGAUUUCAGCUAUGUCGCUAUGGAUACCAGAAUGACGCUGAUAUCGCGAACCUGUAUGAGGAUAUGAAACGUGCUCAGAUUCCUUAUGAUGUGCAGUAUGCUGAUAUUGAUUACAUGGAGCGUCAGAUGGACUUCACGCUUGGUGCUAACUUCGCCGGUUUACCAGCUCUGGUUGACCGAAUAAGAUCAGAAGGAAUGAGAUUUGUUAUCCUGUUGGAUCCAGCCAUUGCCGGAAAUGAAACCACACCCUAUCCAGCGUUUGAUAGAGGUGUUCAGGAUGAUGUGUUUAUCAAAUGGGCAGAUGGGAGUGGAAUAGUGUGGGGAAAGGUCUGGCCAGAUUUGCCCAAUGUCAAGGUUGAUAAUAAUUUAGACUGGGAUACACAAGUUAAGCUUUACAGAGCUUAUGCUGCCUUCCCCGACUUUUUCAUGGAAAAGACAGCCGAAUGGUGGCACCGCGAGAUCGAGGAGUACCGCCAAAAGUAUAUUAGGUUUGAUGGUCUCUGGAUAGAUAUGAAUGAGCCUGCCAGCUUUGUGCAUGGGUCUGUAACGGGCUGCAAAAAUGAAGCCUUGAACCACCCGCCAUACAUGCCAGCUUUGGAAUCCAGACAUAUGGGAUUAUCGCACAAGACCUUAUGUAUGGACAGUCCCCAACAUCUCCCCAAUGGGGAGACGGUAAACCAUUAUGAUGUGCACAGUUUGUAUGGAUGGUCCCACUCGAAGCCAACGUAUGAUGCCCUGCGAAAAAUCACAGGAGAACGCGGUAUAGUUAUCUCCCGCUCUACAUAUCCGACUUCCGGACAGUGGGUGGGACACUGGCUUGGUGACAACACUGCUGCUUGGGAUCAAGUUGCUAAAUCUAUUAUUGGUAUGAUGGAUUUCAGUCUUUUUGGUAUUCCAUAUACUGGAGCAGACAUUUGCGGGUUCUUCCAGGACACCACCAGAGAGUUAUGUGCCCGCUGGAUGCAGCUCGGGGCAUUUUACCCAUUUUCCAGAAACCACAAUGGCAUAGGAUGGAGGAGACAAGACCCGGUCAGCUUCGAUGACGCAUUUAAAAUGCUAUCAAAAAAUGUCCUGAAUAUCAGAUAUACGCUGUUACCUUACCUGUACACCCUAUUAUUUGAUGCUCAUACUAACGGUUCCACCGUGGUGAGACCACUGCUACAUGAAUUCACUGAGGACAGGACCACCUGGGAUGUGUACAAGCAGUUCUUGUGGGGGUCUGCAUUCAUGAUCAGUGCUGUGGUCGAUCAAGGUGCAACAAGUAUAAAUGCUUAUUUUCCAAACGCAGUCUGGUACGACUAUCACACGGGUGUUAGAGAAAACACACGUGGUGGUUGGAGAGUGCUGCCGGCACCCAUUGACCAUAUUAAUCUUCAUGUGCGGGGUGGCUACAUUCUACCGCAACAAGCUCCUGCCUUCAACACACAUCUCAGUCGCUUGAACCCACUGAAACUUCUGGUUGCUUUGGAUGAUAAUGAAAAUUCUCAAGGGCGUCUUUUCUGGGAUGAUGGUAAAAGCAUCGACUCGAUUGAACACGGCAUCUACGUUUUGUAUGAAUUCCAUGCAAUGAACGAUUCCAUUGUCUUGAGAGUAACACAUGAUAAUUACACGGACCCGAAUAAUCUGAUCUUUGAUGAAAUCAAACUAUUGGGAUUGAAAAAACCUAUCACGAAUCUAGUUGUGAGGAAGGAUGGCGUAAUACAACCCUCCUCUCACCGACUUUCAUAUGAGGACGCUAACCAGAUCGCACAUAUAACUCACCUUCACCUACUGUUUGGAGAAUCCUAUACUCUGGAAUUCAAUGGUAAUAACAGAUUUGACCGUCAUCUUGAAGAACAUAAAUGAGAAAUGUAACCGCACAGAAAUAAUGGAACAUUAAAACCCUGAUAACAAUAGUUAGUGUAGAAUAAUCAGGAGCUGCACCCUGGAAAAAUGUGAAAUUGGAAACAAAAAAGGAAAACCAAGAGAAUGUUCCCAGUCCUCACAGGGCGCUCGAGGCCACAGCAUUAAUGUACAGAUGUAAAUUGGGCAGAUAAAUCUAAAUUAAGGGGGACAUUUACUAAGCAGUGAUAAGAGCGGAUAAGUGAGCCAGUGGAGAAGUUGCCCAUGGCAACCAAUCAGCACUGACGUAACAUCUAUAAUUUGCAUACUACAAAAUGAUACAGAGCUGCUGAUUGGAUGAUGGGGCAACUUCUCCACUGGCUCACUUCUCCGCUCUUAUCACUGCUUAGUAAAUGUCCUCCUAUAGCCUUUAUUGGGUAAGCACUAAAAUAAAGAAAUCCAAAUAUUCACAAUAAUGAUAAUACAUAACGAAAGCAAAAUAAAAACCAAACGUGGAUAGUGUUGAAUAAAAAUUAAAUUAAGGGAUCUAAGCCUGUGAGAGAGAUAAAGUACCAACCAAUCAGCUCCCAACUGUCAUGUUACAGGCCGUGUGUGUUUGGAAAAUGACAGAAGCUGAUUACAGUACUUGGUACUUUAUCGCCGUUUAUCUCUUUCUAGGCGGGACUAUUUACUAAGCCUUGGAUGGAGAUGAAGUGGACGGAGGUAAAGUAUCAGCCAAUCAGCUCCUAACUGUCAUUUUUCAAACCCAGCCUGUGAGAUGGCAGCUAGGAGCUGAUUGGCUGGUACUUGUUCCCCGCCCACUUUAUCUCCAUGCAAGGCUUAGAUAGCACAUAGACCCCAAAGUUAGUUAAAACACAUACCUCAGUAGACCAACUUUAUCCGAGCAUCAAUGACAGUAAUACCUGUGAAAUAGUAAUUGUGAAUCAUUAUGUAACCAGUGUAUUCUCGUGUGUGUUAUAAUAAAUAUGUCUACAGAGUA